CCAUUCAUAACACACCAGCACAGCCCUAUGUACCUCAGUCAUACACACAGCGCUGGGCGAGCUAGUGGACCAGGCCAUAUCUAAAUAUUUACUCUUCUGUGUUAAAAAAUUAUUGUGAAUGUAGAGGAUAUAUUUCUGGAUGAUACACUUGUAUAUUGAACUGGUUGUGUUAUAAUGGCAAGUCAGGUGUUGUCUGCUACGUCUGGGAUGUACAGAUACAAGUGUGUACAGCAAAAAUGUUUGUUGGAAUUCCGUGAAGAUUUCAGAAAAGUUUUCAUAGUUACCUAGAAAGACAGACAGAUGAAGAAAGGUGUAAGGAUAUGUCCGGAUUAUAAAUCUCGACUUGAGGAAUACCGAGAGGAUUUAUGGAACCUGGGUAGGGCAGACCUGGAUUGUCCAUUGGAGGAUUCAGGGGAGGGAGAGGAGCCCCAUCUCCGUAAACAUGUGAGGGGGGAGGGAGGUGGGGCCAGGGGUCGCCCCACCCCCAGCGAGGCUUCAGACCCCACCCUUGUACGCCUUUCUAUGCACUGGGAUGAGUUUUUUGGUUCGUCCCUCGACUUGGCACCAUCACUCCUGUCACUAUAUGAUAGUAUUGCUUUAGCCAAUAAAUCAACACAAAAUGUGGGAGACCAAUCAAGUGACCAAGCCACAUCUUCUCCGACCAAUCAAAAUAAUCUAUCAGACAGCAAUUCCUCCAAUCAGGAGGAUACAUCACGAAUUCCUCCAUUGAUCAAACUAGAUUGUGGGGAUACAACAUGUGAGGUGAACGGUUGUCAUGGUGAUGGUACUGGACAUAGCAAUGAUCUUAACGACAGCAAGAAGCGUCCUCUCAGUAUUAGUUCAGUAUCCUCUUCCUCGUCGUCCUCACUUCCACGUCACAUUCGAAAACGACCAAACUUAUGCGAGUGUGACCCGGUGACGUUAGGACGCGGUGACAUGGAAAAGCUGGACCAGUUGAUGUAUAUAGACGAUGAUGUACCAAACGGAGCCACUGAGGAUGACAUGUCAGUUGACACCGAUAGUGAAAGCUCGAAAAAAUACGACCAUUCUGCGGCUAGUGUUCACUCGUCAGCCAGCAUCCUGUCGUCUGGUAGCGUCCAGUCAUCUAUCAGUGCUGUGUCGUCUUCUAGCACUCAGUCUAAUACUAGUCAAUCUUCAGAAAACAAUGAUCUGGAAAUUCAUAGAAACAAUUCUGGGGCCAAGGAAAAGGAAACAGCUCAUAGUGACAGUUGCCAUAACAACCAAUAUAACGUCAAGGCAUCAAGUCCACAUCAGGAAUCACAGAGGACUUCAAAUAGUAUAAAUGUCACCCCAUCGGUUCCCUCAGUGACUCCGGGAGCGAGUGAUUCGCCUGUGGCUGGGAUUAGCCCAGGAGUCACUCCUCGCUCGUCUCACUCUUUUAAUCGCCGGGACAGCACAAGUCCGUCUAAAUAUGUCACAUACGUCCAGAGGGUGGUGACAGAGAUUGUGGAAACAGAGCGAAUCUAUGUUACAUACCUCAAGGAAAUCAUUGAUGGAUACUUAGAAUUUCUAAAGAAUUCUACCCAUAAAAAAGUGUCUAAGAAGGAGCGGGACUGUCUGUUUGGAAACAUUGUGGAGAUUUAUGAGUUCAGCAGAGUGUUCCUAGGAGAACUGGAGCAAUGUGAGGACAAUCCAUUGAAGGUUGCUGACUGUUUCCUCAGACACAACGAAGGAUUCGCAAUAUACGCACAAUACUGCACCAACUACCCAAGUGCGGUGGAGGUGUUAACUCACGUUAUGAUGGAUCCUGAUCUUUGCGAGAUGCUAAAGACGCAGCAACAGAGACUUGGCCACAAUCUACCCCUCGGCUCCUACCUCCUGAAACCUGUCCAGCGAGUCCUCAAGUACCAUCUUCUGCUUCAUAACAUCCUGAAGAACUACGACAAAAAAGACCCGGGCCACAAGGUACUUUCUACUGCUCUGGAUCACAUGACGGGCAUGGCUCAGCACAUCAACGAGAUGAAGCGUAAACAUGAACAUGCCGUCCGGGUUCAGGAGAUCCAGUCCCAGCUAGAGGAGUACGAGGGCGAAGACCUGACUAGAAUCGGAGAACUUGUCCUCGAGGGAAGUUUCCGUAUCUAUGGAGCUAAGACGUCCAGGCAUGUGUUCCUGUUUGAGAAGGGGAUUCUCAUCGCCAAGAGGAAAGAAGACUCAAUGCUCAGUAGUAAAGGAGUGAUUUUGUGUUCAAAUUUGAUGCUGGUGGAGAGUUUACCAAAAGAACCGCUGAGUUUCCAGAUAAUUCCUUUUGACAACCCUCGGGGCCAACAUACGCUGCAGGCGCGGAAUCUUGACCAGAAACAUAAAUGGUGUCAGGAGAUCAAACGACUAAUCAUCGAAAGUUACAAGGACAAGAUUCCUGAGAAAGCUAAAGGCCUGGUGAUGCAGCUGGGCAAGAGUAAACAGGAAGAAUCAGUAUCACCAGCCGACCUCGGUGCAAAGAAGAUCCACCACCACAAUGCACCAGAGUACCUGGAGAGACGACACAGAAUGAGACGCAAAUCGGGCACCAUCAUCUCCGAGCUCCUGAAACCUCAUAACAGGAAAGACCAGAGACGGGCAGAGUCUGUGAGUCCAAGAGUGUCGCCAAACUUCCCAAGGAAAUAUUCACUUCUUACUUCAUCAGAAAUGAGCCUAACACCAAAUACAAAGAGACAAGAAGAGGCCAGAUAUUGCUCAGCAGGGGAAAUAAAUAGUUCAAUGUCACAUGACACCACAGCAAGUGACGUAUCCAAUCUGACAAGUGAUGGUGACCUCAGUCUCCUGGAAGAUGACCCGUCAGAGGGAAAUGCUCUUGGUCGCACUCGGAGCUUCAAAUCAGCCAUGAGAGGUCGCCCGCUGUUGUCCGUCUCCAUAGACAUGGAGGAGGAAUCCAGUGACACAGAAAACAACAAACCAAAAGUGGAUACGGUCACAAAGCGAUCAAGAAGCUUCCGAAUUGCAACUCGUAUGAAGCCCCUAAGAUCUGUUGACUUCACUGACGAGCGACUUUCUGUCUCAGGUCCAAACACUCCUGUAAAGGACAAGGUUAUGGAAAACUUCGAAUCAACAAAGGAAGAUGCUGGGUCUCAAGUUAGCAUUAACAGCAGGCCAUGUUUGAAUAGCUACCGGUCAGACACUUAUUCCAGCAUGCCUGUUCUUAGUGAAGGAAUCGGUGGGACGACGGAGGGACACGUCACACCUAAUUCUGGUCACUUUAGUUUUGACAAUAAGAGAUCCAGUACACACAGUUCUGACAUGGAGAGAUCCUCCACACCACGAUCGAGUGUGGAGAGAUCUUCAGUCUGCAGUUCAGAUAGUUUCAGUGCUCUUUUACCUCAACCUAAAAGAGUGAUCGAUAUCAAGCAAUAUUUCACUGUGAAUCGCGAGCACAAUUCUCGUCCUAAAGAAUCUUUAAGUAAUUUGCGAAGAGAUGGAAACUCUGUUUCAGCGUUCAAUGAUACCUUUUCGAAAAAAGUGACGCAAGACUCAUCCAAUAACUCCCCUUACUCUGGACAAAGGUCAGUUUUCCUAACUCGACCUUUGCCUUUGUCUUCAGCUCUAAAAACUGACCAGAGAUUGUGUUCAUCCAGUUGUUCAAAUGUUGAAAAUGUUGGGAAUCGUGGUUCAACCUUCAGGGAUGAAAACCCCUGGGUUCAGUCUAAUGCUGACGUGAGACAGUCUAAUAAUAAGCCAAUGCGUCAGCGCGCCCAUUCGACUGAUGGUGAAUUGGAUAGUCUAGAUUGGAUGGUAUAUGCCAAUAGAAAUUCGCUUCCGGUGACAGGAUUUUCUACUGACGAUAUACCUAAGUUAUGUAAAGGUAGCUCAUCACGUGAGAAACUAGACAAAAGUAGUUCAGAAGAUGUGUUCAAUGAUAACAAUAACCGCUACAGCGGUCACCACUACCAAUCUUCCUGUCAUUGUGAUCUCUCAGUACGAACGGGAACUCUUCAGUGCCGGAGCAUUCUUCAGAGGGGCGUAAGUCAAAACAGAGCUAUUGGUAGAUACAGCCAUCUGCAGAAUUUCUCACCGUAUGACCGAGAUGGAGAUGAUUAUAGCACGCUGGGUAAACUCCCACAAAUUCAUAAGCAUCGACCUCUGAAAAGGUCAAACUCCACACCAAGUGCCAGAGUUGGUGUGUCAGCAAGUGAAAACUUGAAGGGAGCCAGGUCCUCCUCUUUCGACAUGGAUCAAGUGAUAUUUGAUCAUGAGAAAAUUGUGGCAGAAAUGGAAGAAUACUUAAAAAAAUCAGAUUCCACUUUAUCUCUCGAGGCUCAAAAGUUCCCAACAAAUAUAAUUCAGAUACCACCAGAAAAUGAAACAACCAACCAUGUUUCUCAUCGAGAUUCUUGUGCAUCUAAUUUAUCUUCUUCAUCUUACGAAAGCCAGGAAAGUGAAGAAAACUCUGACAGUAUUGUAGACACACUUAAAAACAAAAUUCACGAUUUUGCCAGUAAAAUUACCCACAGACGUUCAGGAUCGUACGACAAUAAACUCCAAGGUGAAUAUGAACAGGAUACUGAUACUGACAACAGACAUAGUCUUCUGUCUGUCAAUUCAUGGUUUGGAUCGCCCAAGUCGCGUGAGCCAGAUCUCACGUCAGUGUUACAGUCGGGAGAGCUCGGUGGUGCUAUGAUAGGACAACGCAUGGCAGAGUCAGACAUAUCUAGAAAUCCAGAACACAUCUUUUCUGAAUCAAGUCUUUCGUUGACACCAAGCAAGGAAAACCUGCAGCAGGCCUGCAGUUUGAAUGACAAUGGUUUACAAGAUAAUGAUGAAAUGUCAUCUGAACUAUCGAGAGAUAAUUCUACACUCUUAAACCUACAAAAUCUCAAUAUUCAACAGUGUGAUUCUGCUUUUUCUAUCGGUGAUAGCUGUAACAUAGAAAACUCUCCUCGUAGUGUUGAUGAAAAUAGGAAAUUGAGGCAUUCAGAAUCUGAAUCUUCUGGUGAUAGUUUCUACGAACGUCGACUCUCAGUGGCUUUUGAUGAUGGCGAUGCUUUUCGAGAUUCCGCCGUGUACUGUGAGAUGGAUAUAGACCCUGUGGACAACUCUAACAAGCUGUCAUCUGUCUCAUCAAUACCUCCUCUCUCAAUUGUGUCAAAACCAGUAGCUGACCUCCCAAUCAAAGCUUAUGUACAAAGACUAGAGGAACAAAUUCAACUAAAGCCUGAAGUUAAUGUGCUUUCAGAAUUGAAUAAACUUCCUCCUAGUAGCAACUUGGUAGGAAAUAAGACUGGUGCGGGGAUAGGAAAACCCCCAAGAGAGCCAGGAGCUGUAGUAAGACAAAGAAUGGAGAGUCUUCAACAGGAUGUGAUAUAUCGGAACUCCAGAGCCUCCAGUGAGGAGCGUGAUGUUCGUGCAUUCAGCAGGUCGACCGGGGAUGAACGAGAGUCGUCUCCCUUCACUGGGAGGUUUAGAUAUAAGCGUGCAUCUACUCCCUGUAGAGGUGAGGAUGGUUAUUUCCUCAGAGAGAGUUCUGAUCCAGCUCAUGUGUUCAGGAGCCGUUCCAGCACGCCAGGAAGCGGCGCACUGAAACCCUCCCGGUCAUUAGGCCGCCUAGACCAGUUAGGUUCGGACGCCGAGAAUCUGGUCGUCAUGAAAGGAUGGGUCCAGCAACUCAUAGAAAGGUUCCAAUCAACAAAUUCUUGACCAGCCAUUUAGUAUUUCUAUAUCUAAUCAGUGAAUGUAUGACCAUUAGUCGUGACCAAUCAAUUACCAUUUUAAAUUUCAUUUGCUACAGACAAUAGUGAAUAGAUACUAUAUACAUGUUGAUGUAGACGUAAUGGGUUGUUGUACUGUUAGGAGCGAUACUUGUGUUUUUGAUGUUUAUUUAAUUGUAUAUUGAUGUAAACUUACCACCGUAGUUCUUUAUUUUUCACGCUAGUAAGCUAAGUGUUACGCUACGUUUAACGUAAGUAAUGUGAAAAGUCAUUGUUUCUUAAAGUCGAAUUGUGUGAUAUUUAGAUUCUAAAUCAAAGCUCCUGCUAAAAUUGUUAUUGAUCCGAGAGAUUGAUCUGAGAUAUUGAUCCGAGAUAUUGAUUCGAUAUAUUGAUCCGAGAUAUUGAUCCAUUUGUAACGUCUCACAGGUACUAGUCACCUCCUGUCUGUAUAGAACAGGAUCUAGCUGUAAAAUAGAUGUACCUAUUAUCUGGAAAAGGAUAUUUUUGUAUUUUGUAGUUUUCUCGAACAAAUUAUGUUUAAAUGCUCCACAUUGAUACGUCCGUCGAAUUCUGACAAUGGACAUUGUAUAGAUGAUACAGGGCCAUGGACACAUAAGUCGUCAUUUAUAAUAAUAAAGCUAAUCUCGAGGAAAACCACAUAACGCUAUGGAUCAUUAUGUGUCCGAUGAUACUGAUAUAUAUAAAGGGUUUGAUAUGGUGCGGUUCCUAACUAUUCCAGACUAAUUGAUACAAGUGAACAAAUUGAAAUAUGUUAUAUCAAUAUUGAACAUUUAAGGCUACUUACUGCAUGUUUCAUGUCAAUAGCUGUCUCUUGAAGGUAAAAAAUGUGAAUUGCAUGGUUUGUUUUCCCUGCUUUUCGUAAGCUUUUUCGUCGUGUUCCUGAUCCUCCGAUCAUAAAACUCAGCAGGGGAUCAAAGCUGUCAUGGGUAUUCCUUCGGUUACCAUCUAGGUGUACCUGUCUGUCAGAUUGUUGCUUUUCACGCAAGUUCAGCUAAUACGUGUCUAAAUGUUACCACUGCUAUUUCAGUUUCUAGAGCAAAUGUUAUUUUUCUCAAUUUUAUUUGUUUUCUAUUUGUUUAAUUGUGAAAGCUCAACUCUUUUAUAUUUGACGAUGAAAGAAUUAAAUCUCGAAAAGCCUAGGAAAUCAAAUAGACUGAAAUAUAUCGGUCAUUCCAGAAAUGUCAUCUUUUUUACUCUAGUAAAAUGACUUUUAUAACCUAAAAAGUACACAUUUGAAUAGAGGCGAGCAGGCCAGUUUUAACAUUACCGUUGUCACAUAGUUUUAGUUUAUUUUAGAAUAGAUUCCAUGAUGCUGUUCCUGAGUGUCAUGCCCUAAUGAUUUCUUUUCUGAAGGAAAUUCCGCUUUUUAUGAAUGUAUUUGUUAUUAGAUCGAUACAGGCCAAUCUUGUUGAUAUACUUAUGAAAUAAGUUUCCCUUGAUUAGUGGCUUACAUACAUGUAUGACAGUCUUCCACUGUUUGUCACAGUCUUCCACUGUUUGUCAAAGUUACAUUAAGAGAAUUGCAAUAUACGUUUUGAAACGUAAUUUGUUAACGUACGGUCAAUGUUGUUUUUUUCACAGAGAGUACAAUCAACUGACCAUUUUAAUAUUACACUCAGUGCUAUAAUAAUAUCAAUAUCAAUAAUACCAAUAAUAGCAGAGACCUAUAUACUAUAUAUUUAGUAUAUAGGUCUCUGAUAAUAGCAAGAUCUUCCAGGACCAAUAAAUAUUUAAUGAAGAUACUUACAACUCACACUAUCUACUUAUAAGUAUGAACUGACAUUAUAGGUAUGAACUGACAUUAUAGGUAUGAACUGACAUUAUAAGUAUGAACUGACAUAUUUGUAACAUAGGGACCUGACACAUAUUCGGAACGCCACGGUCCGUUUAUGUUUAUAUAUGGACCGAUGAUUUUGGAAUUGAUGACAGGUCCCUGUGAAUUAUCAUUAUUGUAUCUGGUACGUGUUUUAUGAGUGUGUUACCCAGUGUAUGUAUUACUGAUCUGUGUAGUGUAGACGUGUGUACGUCAAUGCUAUAUUACACUGUACAUCAAGAUAUCUUCGGAAGGAAAUGUUUCUUAUUAAAAUGAUUAAUUUGA